AUGGACAGUUCAAGUGAAACCGGAAGCGACAGUGAUUAUUUCGAUGAUGCAAACAGCGGUUCGGAAACGGGAGAUGGCGAAAGCCAAACAUCCGACGAUGAUGAUGAAAUUGAUUUAGAAAACCUAAAAUUAGACGAUGACUCCACAUGGAAAAGUUCGUAUACUUCCCGUUCUGGAAUGAUUUGGUCCUCAACUCCUCAUCAUUCAACGAAAAAUGAUUUUUCGAAUGAUGUUAUUCAAAAAGCUGGUCUUACAAAUACCAGUGAAAAUAUUUCAUCUGUCGAAGAUGCAUUCAUGUGUUUUAUGCCAAACAAACUUCUGGAAAAAAUCUUGGAUUGUUCAAACUUGGAGUAUACUCACAAGAAUACCUCCACGAAAAAAAUUGAAGAAAUAACACUCAUAGAAUUGAAAGCAUUUAUUGGACUUUUAUUGCUUGCUGGUUUAUUGGGGAAAUCGAAGAUCGAUCUGAAAUGCUUAUGGAGAAGAAGUCCAUUAGAACCGCCAAUAUUCAAAGCCACUAUGUCAAGAACUCGUUUUCAGGAUAUUAUUUCUUGUUUGAGAUUUGACGACAAAAGAACAAGGGAAGAAAGAAAACGAACAGAUAAAUUUGCAGCAAUUCGUGAAAUCUGGUCAUAUUUCCAAAAUUGCUUACAAACAUGUUACACACCGGGAUCAAAUGUUACUAUUGAUGAACAACUACUAGGAUUUAGAGGAAAAUGUUCCUUCCGUCAAUAUAUGCCAAAAAAGCCUGACAAAUACGGAUUAAAAUUUUGGCUAUGCGUUGAUGUGGACUCACAUUAUGUAUUCAAUGCAUUUCCUUACGUUGGACGACAACCGAAUGAGCAAAGACAAACACAGAUAGGUGCCAAAGUCGUUCUAGAAUUACUCAAACCACUUUACGGCUUCCAAAGAAACGUUACAAUAGAUAAUUUCUUCACAAGUGUUCCAUUAGCCCAAACGCUUCAAACAAAGAAUCUGACUCUUAUAGGAACACUGCGAAAAAACAAGUCAGAAAUACCUAUCGAGUUUCAAUCCAACGAAAAUCGUGAAGUGGGUUCUUCGCUCUUUGGUUUCCAAGAUGGUUUAACCUUAGUUUCAUUUGUCCCAAAACAGAAUAAAGCUGUUUUAUUGCUCUCCUCAAAACAUCACGACAAUCAAGUGGACAAUAAAACUGGAAAACCGAUCAUUAUAUUGGAUUAUAACAAAACAAAGGGGGCUGUCGAUACUGUUGAUCAAAUGUGUCAUAAAUACACGGUAAAAAAUAUUUCAGUAUUUCUAUAGCUUAUUUUACUUUUCAGGUAAAACGAGGUACAAAGCGAUGGCCAGUUUGUAUUUUCUAUGGGAUGAUAGACAUUGCUGCCAUAAAUGCUCUGAUUGUCUGGAAAGUGAAAAAUCCUCAAUGGAAUCAGAAUACAAAUCAUAAACGUCGAUUAUUUUUGGAAGAAUUAGGAUUAGCACUGGUAUCGCAUCUGUUGGAUUUUCGUUCGAAGAACUCGAAAUUUUUGAACACAGAUAUUCUAAAUGCUUUAGCAAUCGUCGGUUAUCCUGUGUCGAAGAACGAUCCGGCAGAAGCGAAUGAAAAUCCCACUCAACCAAAACGAAAAAGGUGCUCCAUUUGUGAACGUUCUACGGACAAGAAAACAUCAAUUCAAUGUUUCAGUUGUUCUUCGUUCGUUUGUAGUGAUCAUUCUGUCAAACGUGUCUUUUGUAUUAAUUGUUCUAAAUAAGGAACAUCGUUCUCAUUUUUUUCUAUAGAAUAAAACAAGAAAAGGUCAGAUCUUACGAAAAUAUUGGCUGAAAAGUAAAAGGAUUAUUAAAAAAGAACACAUGUCAUCAAAAUCACGGUUAAAAGAGGCCGGUACUCCAAGGGUUAAUGACAUGCUUUCCAUAGUUGCUAGUUUGAUGAGUUCAGUACGU